AUGGUAGCCGAUUAUCAAAGUGUAAGAUAUUAUUCUGCUUACUUGAUCAAGAAGAUGGGUUUUAAGAAAAACUUAUUUUCUCAAACUCAAUCAAACAGCCGUUUCUAAACUCAGUAUGAAAAUGUAUAAUUCACAUCAUUGGUACUAUCCAAUCAUGUAAAAUGAAUUUGAUUUCUUAAGAAGUAUCAAAGUUCAUAGGGCAGCCAAAUUUCCGACUUUUUGUCAUGCCGAUCUUAUGAUCUUAUCACGGUUAUCGUCGACGUUUUCUAAGUAUUUAGUUUGAAUGCUUGCUCGGCCAAAAUUGAUGAGAAUUCGAAAGACGUUCGGAAAGCGCCUUAUCAAGGGCCUCAGUUGCAGAUGCAGUGGCACGAGCACAACGACCCGGAGAAGACCGAAGACAUGACCGAAGAGACGAGCUCCGCCAAGGAACUCGCGGACCUCGAAGACGUUGACGUCAAAAUCGACGAGGUCGUGCCGGAUGACACGGUGGGUCUCGUUUCAUUGAAAGUGUAGAUAUUCUCAGAAAUGAAUAAAGUAUAUGAACCAUUGCGAUUUUUAGUAUUUGUUCACAUCAAAACUAAUUUUCACCAGAAUUUUUUCUCAUCACACUUUCAGAAAAUGAUAUUCGAUGGGAUUUUUGUUUUUUUUUUUCAAUGAAAGUACCAAGAACUAAAUGAUGGAGCUAGUGACGCGUUCGAAAAAGACUGCAAACCAAAUUUUGAAAAUAAUUGUGUUUGCAAAUAAAAAGCUGAAAAAAACCUAAUUGUUUGAUUUUCUACUUCAAUACGUUCAGUCGUUUUUCUGUAUAGGCCUCAGAGUAACUGACAUUUUUUUUAAUUACUGUGAAUUCAUAUUCGAAAGAAAGAUUCUCACACGCAGAAGUGUCUAUAAUCGUCUUGUCAUUCGGUUGAUUUAAAACUUUUAAUCUCAACAUUUUCGUCGCCUAAAGAUUAUUUUGAAAGAUGCAAAAACCGUUAUCAGUUUUGACCAUUUCAUUCAACGUUUUGAUGAGUCGCAGACUAUGGGAAGACAAGUUUAGUGGAACGCCGUGGCAUGGAUCAUCUUAUUGAACGGCAUUGGAGUGCUGCUCCCGUGGAACAUGUUCAUCACCAUUGCGCCACAGGUUGACGAUCUUAUCAAGUCUGAAACUGAUCGGGAAAAUGCAGUACUACGUAGACUACUGGUUCACGGUGAAUGGGACCGAGACGCACUACGGCACGAGUUUCAUGAGCGCUUUGGGAAUCGUUUCUCAGAUCCCCAACUUUCUUGUUGCCUGCAUCAACGUUCUCAAUCUGAUCAGGUAGCGAGGGAAAGUCUUUUCGAAGUCAGGCUGGAUGUUUAGAGGUCCAGUGAUGUAUCGGAUAGUGGGGCCAUUGACCGCCAACUGCCUCUUGGUGGGAGUGAUCCUCUCCCUCGUUAUAUUCCAGCAGCCUUCUGACUCAGGUUCUUGAUAGGAAUGGGUAAGAAUAUCCGUGAUUUUCAGCCAGAGGAUGGUUUUACGUCGUAUCCCUCAUCAUUGUCAUGACGAUGAACGCCACAAACGGCCUUUAUCAAGUUUGAAUUGCACAAAGUUUUCAUUCAAUGGAAAUCUGCGCAGAAUUCUUUCUUCGGCCUGGUCGCAGACUUCCCGGCCAAAUACACAAAUGCCGUCGUCGUCGGCACAAAUGUCAGCGGCACCUUCACAAGUCUUCUCUCGAUAAUUUCGAUCGCAGGUAUCCGCUUGUUUCGUAUCGAAUGCGAAUGAACUGUUCCAGCUUUCAACAACAACCCGAAAACGGUCGCGCUCAUGUAUUUUUCAAUUUCUUUGGGUGUUCUAUUCGUUUGUAUGGUGUCUCUAUGGCUCGUCAGCAAACAGGUGACAACUCUUCAAAAACAAAAAAGAAGGUUCGAAUGCAGAAGUUCUUCCAAUACUACGUGAAAAAAGGAGCCGUGGCAAGACUUAAAGAGAACGUCCAGAAGUUUGAUAUUCGCAUGUACUGGGAAACUGUCAAACACGUAGGAUCUGCCUUUUCGAUUUUCGAAGCCUUUUUUAUUUCAGUGCUACAUGCAGCUUCUGUCCGUGUUCUUGGUUUAUUUUGUCACUCUUUCGGUUUUCCCGACGAUUUUGGUCGGCUUUGAACCGACCAAGUCGGACGGCACCUGGAACUCUGUCAUUCCAAGUGAUUGGACUCUACCAGAAAUUUCUCGAAUUUGAUCAUUCAGACCAAUAUUACACCGGUGUGACAACCUUCUUGAACUUCAACUUCUUUGCAGCUGUCGGCUCGACAACCGCCAGCUUCAUCCAGUUUGUGAGUUUCUUCUCGCUACAAAAGUUGAAAACCCAAUUUUUUCAGCCUGGACCGAAGCUUCUCAUUAUUCCGGUUGCUCUUCGGCUGCUUUUUAUUCCGUUUUUCAUGUUGUCCAACUACUUGCCCAACUCUCGCGUCAUGCCUGUCUGGUACAGCAACGAGUGGAUUUUCUUCUUCGGCAACACCAUAAUGGCCUUCACCAGCGGAUACUUCAGUUCCCUCGGCAUGAUGUAUGCUCCGAGGUUCGUUCCGAGCUUCCAACAUGUGAUAAGGUGAACUUCUUGCAGAGUUUGUCCUCCCCACCUUUCGAAAUUAGCGGGUCAGAUUGCCGCCCUCUGCCUCGUCACAGGUUUGCACUUUUCAAAAUGAAAAAGGACAAUCUUUUGCUUUGAAGGGAUCAUGUGCGGCGUCGCAUUCACACCUUUGAUAACCACGAUGGUGCAGAACAUCAAAUAA